AUGAUUCCACAAGAAAAUAAUGAACUCGGCUCAUCAUCGCAAACAUCAUCCUCUUUGCAAUCAAACAAUACAAUCCUUGGAGAUUCCGGAUCGUUACGUACUUCAUUAUCAUCCUCCAAUUUAUUAAGCAUGUUGCAACCAUCUCCGAGGGUUGAAACGUUAGAAGAUAUUGUGAAUCGGAAACGACAAGAAUUACAAACUAAAUUUUCAGAACUUGAUUUGGAUGGAGAUGGAUACAUUACGCAAGAAGAUUUGAAACGAUACUUGUCCAAGUUUGGACUUUCAAGAUGUCCGAUCACAUGCCAUGGAGGAAGAAUGUCUUUUGUGGAAUUUACGCAAUGGAUGACGACGGAUAAACCAAAUAUUUUGCAAAAAUCAUUUACUGGACAAUUGGCCAUUCCGAAUUUUCAAGAUUUUUGCAAGGAUCUAUCGAAAAUGUUUGCUCUCGUUCAUCAAAAUGAUAAAGGAAUUUUACCAGAUUACAUUCCAGAAUUAUCAAAUGCAGAUCCAAGUCUUUUUGGAUUAUCUUUGUGUAGUGUUGACGGACAAGUGGCUCAUUUUGGUAAUGGCACCAAGAAGGUUUUCACUCUUCAACAUUGUGUUUUGCCCAUGCUCUAUUGUCUAGCAAGAGAACAAGGAACUGAUAUUCAUCAAUUUAUUGGACGUGAGCCUUCUGGAUUGAAAUUUAACGCUUUCUCCCUUAAUGAAGAGAAGAAACCUCACAAUCCAUUUGUGAGUACGGGAGGUUUAGUAUGUGCUAGUCAAAUUCAACCAAAAAAUAGUAGUAGUAAGAGAUUUACGAAUAUUUACCAAUUUAUACAGAAAAUGGCUGGAUGUCCUACCACUUUGGAUAGUAAUGAGGAUAGUUCUCAGAUAUCAUAUUCUCAGUGUACAUAUUUGAGCGAGAAAGAGCAUAAUGACAGAAAUAGAGCUCUUGUUUAUUUUCUGAGAAGUAAUGGUGUUAAAGGAAUUACUCAAGAUGAUGGAUGUGACAUUAAUGAUGUGCUAGAUUUUUAUGUACAAACGAAUUCAAUCAGUUGUACAACGAGAGAAUUGAGCAUCAUUGCAAGCACAUUGGCCAAUAGUGGAAUUUGUCCAAUUACCAGUGAGAGAUGUAUCAAUGAUAUUCACACAGUGAGAGAUUGUCUCAGUUUGUUGUACAGUUGUGGAAUGUAUGAUUACAGCGGUACUUGGGCUUUCACCGUGGGAUUACCAGCGAAAUCAGGAGUGAGUGGAUGUCUCAUGAUUAUUGUUCCCAAUGUGUGUGGAAUGGCCAUCUACUCGCCUCUCGUUGACAAGAAGGGUCACUCUGUACGAGCAGUGGAAAUAUGUCAAAUGAUGUCAAGGAAGUACAACUUGUCAAUUUUUGGUGGCUUGAUGAGCGGAAAGUUGUACAAUAGAAAGCACAAUGUAUUUCAAUAA